AUGGGUGGAUACUUCUCGCCCACAAAGCCCUUCCUCAAAUUUAAAAGGUAUUUGGACGAGCUCGAGCUAGCUAUUAGGCUACACUCAGCUCGUCCAGUAAACGACGAUAGGAGAACGGCAUUAGAAGAUACUAUAGCGGACUGCGGGAUUACGGUUGUCAACGUGGGCUCGCAACACACGUGCGUCAGGCAGAAUGGGGGCUCAAUAGUCGACGUGUCUUUUGCGUCGGCCCCACUAGCCGCAUACGGAGUGUCCAAAGGACGCGUCAGAGAUGACACGGAGACCCUCAGUGAUCAUAGAUACAUCACAAUGAAGGUCGAAGUGCUCUCUGUCCGCCCUCGGGCGAAAAGGAAGCCCCGAUCCAGGAGGUGGGUCCUACGGGAACUGGACACAAAACUCCUGUUUGGUGCAGCUCAGGUCGUAACCUGGCCGGAACCGCCGGCCGGACUGCGUGGCCUCCAAGAGGAACUUUGGUGGUUCCGGGAGACGCUAGAGUGCAUCUGCGACACCGCGAUGCCGCGCUCCCGUGGACCACCGAAUUGGAGGUCGGUGUACUGUUGGACGGAAGAGAUUGCACAGCUUCGACGCGCGUGCGUCGCGGCCAACCACCAGUGCACCCACGCCCGUCGUCGCCUUCCCGGCGACGACGAGUCGAUCCGGGCAGCGGAGAGGGCGCGGAAAGGUUACCGCGCUGCGCGCAAGGCCCUCCGGGCCGCCAUCUCCAAGGCGAAGUCCCAAGCGUGCACGGAGUUUAUUGAGGCGCUAGACUACGAUCUGUGGGGACAUCCGUACCGAACUACAGCCAACAAUGUCAUAAGGGACACAACGCAAAUACUCCAAAUUAAGAUACAACAUGUGGAAGGGAUUCAAGAACAACUUGACACUGCACUUGGGGAGAUUCACAUGUUCAACAACACUCCUCCUCCAUCUCCGGACCACAAUAGGUAA